AUGGAUGCGGGGGCGGCCCCGGGGCCGGGCCGUGGCCGGACGGCGGGGGUCGGGGUCCGGCCCGGCCGCCCGUCGCCCUCCCCGGCCCGGGGCCCCCGGCCGCGGGGCCUGGGCGGGCACAGCUGGCUGCUGGGCUACGGGCUCCUGUCCUUGGUGCUGUCCGCCCAGCUGGUCCGGGCCCAGGCGAAUAAGCCCUGCGACAGGACCGGCUCCUGCUUCUCCGGACGCUGUGUCAACUCCACCUGCCUCUGCGACCAGGGCUGGGUCGGGGACCAGUGCCAGCACUGCCAGGGCAGGUUCAAGUUAACAGAACCCUCUGGAUAUUUAACAGAUGGACCAAUUAAUUAUAAAUAUAAAACUAAAUGUACUUGGCUAAUUGAAGGCUAUCCUAAUGCAGUCCUAAGAUUAAGAUUUAAUCAUUUUGCCACAGAAUGUAGUUGGGACCACAUGUAUGUUUAUGAUGGAGAUUCAAUAUAUGCACCUCUAAUAGCUGUACUUAGUGGUCUAAUAGUCCCUGAGGUACGUGGGAAUGAAACUGUACCAGAAGUUGUUACUACAUCCGGCUAUGCACUACUACACUUUUUUAGCGAUGCUGCAUACAAUUUAACUGGUUUCAACAUCUUUUAUUCCAUUAAUUCUUGUCCUAACAAUUGCUCAGGGCAUGGGAAGUGCACACCGAGUGUUUCCCUUCCAAGUCGAGUGUACUGUGAGUGUGACAAAUACUGGAAAGGUGAAGCGUGUGAUAUCCCUUACUGUAAAGCCAACUGUGGCAGUCCCGAUCAUGGGUACUGUGAUCUCACAGGAGAAAAAUUAUGUGUCUGCAAUGACAGUUGGCAAGGUCCUGAUUGUUCUCUGAAUGUUCCUUCCACCGAGUCUUACUGGAUUCUUCCAAAUGUAAAACCAUUCAGCCCAUCUGUAGGUCGGGCUUCUCAUAAAGCAGUUUUACACGGAAAGUUUAUGUGGGUGAUUGGUGGAUAUACAUUUAACUAUAGUUCUUUCCAAAUGGUUUUAAACUAUAAUUUAGAGAGCAGCAUAUGGAAUGUUGGCCCGAUAUCCAGGGGACCACUGCAGAGAUAUGGACACUCUCUGGCCUUAUAUCAGGAGGCCAUCUACAUGUAUGGAGGCAAAAUUGAAACAAAUAUUGGCAAUGUCACAGAUGAACUGUGGGUUUUCAACAUACAGAGUCAGUCGUGGAGUACAAAGAUUCCUACCAUUCUUGGACAUGGUCAGCAGUAUGCGGUGGAGGGACAUUCAGCACAUAUCAUGGACUUGGAUAACAAAGAUGUCAUCAUGAUUAUACUUUUUGGCUAUUCAUCUGUGUAUGGUUAUACGAGCAGCAUACAGGAAUACUCUAUCUUGCAUAAUACUUGGUUUGUCCCAGAAACUAAAGGAGCAAUUGUGCAAGGUGGUUAUGGCCAUACUAGUGUCUACGAGGGAAUGACAAAAUCCAUAUAUGUUCAUGGAGGAUAUAAAGCAUUACCAGGCAAUAAAUAUGGAUUAGUGGAUGAUCUUUACAGAUAUGAAGUCAACACCAGGACAUGGACUAUUUUGAAAGAGAGUGGGUUUGCCAGAUACCUUCAUUCAGCUGUUCUAAUCAAUGGAGCUAUGCUUAUUUUUGGAGGAAACACCCAUAAUGACACUUCCUUGAGUAAUGGUGCAAAAUGCUUUUCUGCCGAUUUCCUGGCAUAUGACAUAGCUUGUGAUGAAUGGAAAAUUUUAAGAAAACCCAAUCUUCAUAGAGAUGUCAACAGAUUUGGACAUUCUGCAGUUGUCAGUAAUGGGUCUAUGUAUAUAUUUGGAGGCUUUUCUAGUGUACUACUUAAUGAUAUCCUUGUGUACAAACCUCCGAAUUGUGAGGCUUUUGGAAAUGAAGAACUCUGUAAAAAUGCUGGCCCAGGGAUAAAAUGUCUAUGGAACAAGAAUCGCUGUGAAUCUUGGGAGUCUGGGCAUACUAAUAACAUUCUCAGAGCAAAGUGCCCCCCAAAGUCAGCUGCUGCAGAUGACAGAUGUUACAGAUAUGCAGAUUGUGCUAGCUGUACUGCCAAUACAAAUGGGUGCCAGUGGUGUGAUGAUAAAAAGUGCAUUUCAGCAAACAGUAACUGCAGUAUGUCAGUCAAAAACUACACCAAGUGCCAUGUGAGAAAUGAACAGAUUUGUAAUAAGCUGACCAGCUGCAAAAGUUGUUCAUUAAACCUCAACUGCCAGUGGGAUCAGCGGCAGCAAGAAUGUCAGGCUUUACCAGCUCAUCUUUGUGGAGAAGGAUGGAGUCAUGUUGGAGAUGCUUGUCUUCGUGUCAAUUCUAGCAGGGAAAACUAUGACAAUGCAAAGCUUUAUUGUUACAAUUUGAGUGGAAACCUUGCUUCAUUAACAGCGUCAAAAGAAGUGGAAUUUGUUCUGGAUGAAAUACAGAAAUACACACUUCAGAAGAUAUCACCAUGGGUAGGUUUACGCAAGAUCAACAUUUCCUACUGGGGUUGGGAAGACAUGUCUCCUUUCACAAAUACAACCCUUCAGUGGCUUCCUGGUGAACCAAAUGACUCUGGAUUCUGUGCAUACCUAGAAAGGGCAGAAGUGGCAGGACUAAAGGCUAAUCCCUGCACAUCCAUGGCAAAUGGUCUUGUUUGUGAAAAGCCUGUUGUUAGUCCAAAUCAGAAUGCAAGACCAUGCAAGAAACCAUGCUCUUUAAGAACUACCUGCUCCAACUGCACGAGCAAUGGCAUGGAGUGUAUGUGGUGUAGCAGUACCAAACGAUGUGUGGACUCCAAUGCAUAUAUAAUCUCUUUUCCAUAUGGACAGUGCCUGGAGUGGCAAACUGCCACCUGUUCUCCACAAAACUGUUCUGGAUUAAGAACUUGUGGGCAGUGCUUGGAACAGCCUGGAUGUGGUUGGUGCAAUGAUCCUACGAAUACGGGAAAAGGACAUUGUGUUGAAGGCUCUUCAAGGGGACCAAUGAAGCUUUCUGGGAUGCACACUAAUGAAAUGGUCCUGGACACAAGCCUUUGCCCUAAAGAGAAAAAUUACGAAUGGUCUUUUAUCCACUGUCCAGCCUGCCAGUGUAAUGGACACAGCACUUGUAUCAACAGUAACGUGUGCGAGCAGUGUAAAAACCUCACUACAGGAAAGCAGUGCCAGGACUGUAUGCCAGGAUACUACGGAGACCCAACCAAUGGGGGCCAAUGCACAGCUUGUACAUGCAGUGGUCAUGCAAAUAUCUGUCACAUGCACACAGGAAAAUGUUUCUGCACAACCAAAGGAAUUAAAGGAGAUCAAUGUCAACUAUGUGACUCUGAAAAUCGUUAUCUUGGGAAUCCACUUAGAGGAACAUGUUACUACAGCCUUUUGAUUGACUACCAGUUUACCUUCAGCUUAUUACAGGAAGAUGACCGACACCACACUGCCAUAAACUUCAUAGCAAACCCAGAACAGUCAAACAAAAACUUGGAUAUAUCAAUUAAUGCUUCAAACAACUUUAACCUCAAUAUUACGUGGUCCAUUGGGUCAACAGCUGGGACAAUAUCUGGAGAAGAAAUUCCUGUAGUCUCUAAAGCUAAUAUAAAGGAAUACAGAGAUAGUUUUUCCUGUGAAAAAUUUAACUUCAGAAGCAACCCAAACAUUACAUUUUAUGUAUAUGUCAGCAACUUUUCCUGGCCAAUUAAAAUACAGAUUGCUUUCUCGCAGCACAACACGAUCAUGGAUCUUGUGCAGUUCUUCGUCACUUUCUUCAGUUGUUUCUUGUCCUUGCUCUUGGUGGCUGCUGUGGUCUGGAAGAUCAAACAAACCUGCUGGGCUUCUCGACGAAGAGAGCAACUGCUCCGAGAGCGACAGCAGAUGGCCAGCCGUCCUUUUGCUUCUGUUGAUGUAGCCCUGGAAGUAGGAGCUGAACAAACAGACUUUCCACGAGGCCCGUUAGAGGGUGCCCCAAAACCUAUUGCCAUAGAACCCUGUGCUGGGAACAAAGCAGCUGUACUUACUGUGUUUUUGUGUCUCCCAAGAGGAUCAUCAGGUGUCCCUCCUCCUGGUCAGUCAGGGAGCACAUUGUCUAAUUCUGCAUGGACAGACAAGGUCGGAGAAAAACAAAUUAAAAAAAAAACCUUUGAGUGGCUGACAGCAUUGGGGCACCAGUCUGAAGACCUAAAGAGAAGGAACUGCACGUCUCGCAAUUGCCAGUGCACUAAUAGACAUUUCACAACAGAAGUCUGCGGAUAGCAAAGAAAAGAGUUCCGGAGUCCGGAAUCGGAAACAUCACCUUUCAACCCGUCAAGGAACUUGUGUCUGAGGUCCAGAAACUGCACUUGUAUAUUCUGUAAUGUUUUUCUUUUUAAAUGGCUUCCUUUGAAAGCUAUCUUACAGCCUCAGUUUUUCUGGAGGCAAACCUAUAAUCAUAGGUAAAAAACACGUCCUGGGCUUUCAAACGUCCAGCCUGCUGUGCCCUGAAUCAGAAAACCUUAGGACAAAAAUGAAUAUGUGACGUAAGCCUGAGUGAAAAGCAAGCGAUUGAAGUUCACAAAACAAUUAAGUAAAUUUUUAUGCUGAUCUCAAACGGAUCACAAAUGAACUGAAGUCUAGGAAAGGUUGUCCUUUGUUUCCUAAUGUGGCUGAAAGUUGUAUAAUUCUUCAAGACCGAGCUGAUAAAAUUGUGGGACUCUUAUAAGAGGAUUUUUUUAAGGCUUAAUGGAGAGAAUUGUUCAGUGUUCUCCUCAUAAGAAAUAUCACUACCAGUGCAUAAAGCAGGAACUGAACAUCUGAAAUGGCUUUAGAUACUGUUUAAUCUUCUUGCAAAUGUGAAAUGUGAAAGCAGAUUUGAAAUUUAAUAGUAUGUACAUAUUGCAUUUAAAUAUUUCAUAUGACCAUGUAUCUCCCAAAACCCAGUUUGGGUAGAAGAAGGGUUUCUAUCUUCCUGGAAUGCAGGCCAGGCUGAUCCAGGAAAGGCCGGCAGAGGCAGACGGUUUGUGCCCUCGGUGGAAGGUUUAUUAAAAUUCUGUAUGGAGAGGACAUUUUUGCCUGCCUUGCCAACAGACUGACUCAUUAUCAGAGCUGAUAGAGCAUGGAAAAGCCCAUCCAGCAAUCAAUUUCUCCCUUUUUCCCCCCAAACAGCCUGCACUACUAUAAGCCCAAAAGGAGCUUAAAUUGUCCCUUUACAGUUCACCUGCUUCUGCUCUAGUACGGUAAUAUUUUAAUUGUCGACAGAUGAUUGCACUUUGCAAACACAACACAGCAAUCCACGUAUUUUUCUGGAAACAAUUAUGAGUUUCCUUUAGUCUUCCUUGCCCUGUGGCUGAAUUUUAUCCAUCCCUGCCUUCCACUAAUUUAAUGAAAUGUAUGUGAAUACCUGUCACCUCCUAUCUAGCAGUAUGGAUGAAGUUCUGUCAAGAUAACUACUCCAGUGCUGUCUACUGCCAGUGGCAAGUACAGUGCCAAACUUACCUUGCCUCUCAGGAUUGGAUUUUGGGCUGGGAGGCAUCCUGCAACCAGAAUUAAAAACUUCAACAAAAACUCAUUGACCAUAAAUCUGAACUAUUCCAGAAGGAAGUUGGCUUCUAAAGAAGAGGCUGACAUGGUUUGUUUUCUCUUCUGCCUCCUACGCGUUUGCAGAUGUUCAUUCUAACUCAAUAGGUCUCUUAAAUCCUGUGUGGGAGAGUAGUUACUAAUUUCAAUGGUGGUCUAAUGCGAUAAUAUAAGAAGCAGCAGCAAAGAUAUGAAUAACUCUUCUAUACAAUAGAGUUUUGGUAAAUAAGAAAAAUAUGAUAUACUUGAUGUUCCCUAUAUCUGAAUUUUCAUUUUUUUCAGGAAGGUGAUGACACAAUGACUAUUUAUAUUUUACUGUAUAGUUUCUUGCAUGUCAUAGUGAUGCUGUAGCAGAAUAAGGCCCUAUUGUGAAUUUUAGUGUUUAUUUCAUAAUGCCAUUUUAAUGCAUAGAGAUUUAGAUUGAUUUUGAUGAGGUCUAAAUGUAAAAAUGCAAAAGGAACAAUCAUACAAUAUGGAAUUGAUGUCUUAGGCUGGGUUGUUAGGUUGCAUCUAAUAUAUUGUUUUUUAAAAAAAUUAGGCAUUUAUGAAUUAUAAGCUGGCAUGGUUAUUGGGUAUUUUCCAUGUGUUGAAAUGAGAUUCAUUCCUAAAAUGAUUCCACCAAUCUCCUGUGACUUUCAUUGAUUAAUUUGACAUCCCUCAGUUAUUUCACAACUUCCCGCAAAAAUCAGGAAAGUUUAUUUUCCAGACUUUAUAGAAAAUGAGCAAAUAAUGUUACCACAUUAGAAACCUGCCCUUUUCCUGGCUUCCCCUCUGACUCUUUAAAGGUUGAUUUGCUCAAGGAACAACAAGCAGGACUGAUACCUACAAACAAAUUUCGAAAAUAAACCUCAGAGCUGGACUCUUUGCUUAAUUAUGUUCUCUUUUUCAUGACAAAACCCUUACCUAGGAAAGAUAUCUAUAUAUAUAUAGGUAGAUAUAGAUAUAGAUAGAUAUCUAUAUCUAUAUAUAGCUGUCCUCUGGGCUUGAAGACCCAGCAGUGAUGUGUACCGUUUUGAGGGGUUUUGUAAGAUCCAGAGAAUGUGUUUUCAGAUAGGUAAAACAAAUGGAAUUUCCCAAGAGAGAAUUUUAGAUUGCGUCAAUCUGAAACCCAUCUGAGGUCACAUAAUGUGUAUUGCAGCAUUUAAGAGUGACAUACAUCCAUUAGAUUUUUCAUUAAGUUAAUUAAAGCCCUAAUAUGCAUGUUAGUUUGUGCUGCAUAGUAGCACCUAUGUAAAUAAUUAUUCAACAUUUUUAUAACAAUACAGAUCUCCUUAAUAAUAAAAUUCCCCAAAUACAUCAAUCUGAGCAGGCAGAAAGACAAGGGAUAAUCAUUGCAGCUUUGUUUUCUUAGUUGAACUAUUAUUUGAAUGGAAUGCUUUCCUCCAUCAAAACAUUUUUCCAUUGAAUUAACUUCAAGAAAUGUAUUCAUAUACUAACAGGAUUAAACAAUUAUUUUAAAAAUACACAAACCUAGAAUCCUGAAUGCUUAGUUAAGACUUCCUUUAUGCUUUAUAGCUUUGUUAGUGUGACAAAGCUUUGAUGAUUUUCUUUGAGAUGUAGAAAAAUUAUCUUGAUCUAUUUGGCACAGGGAGAGCUCAGUUGAGGAACUGGAAAAUUUUUAAUGGGUGGGAUAUAAAUGACUCUCUAAGUUUGCAGGGUCUUCUAAUAAUCAGUGUUAUCUUUGCUGGCUUAAAUUAAAAUCACAUUAUAGAAUCGUACGUCUGAAAAGAUUUACUUUAGUCCAUUCCCCUGCCUGUUUUUCUUUUCAGAAUUGAUCCAUUGGCUGUCAAAAUUUCUGUCCUUCAUAAAAAAAUCCAAGGACUAUUCUCCUCUACUGGUGCAGAGACUGAAAGAAAACUCUUUUGCUAAGAUUAACUCCAAUUACUUUUUUUUGGAAAUGAAAUUACAUAAUGUAGUACCCUGCUCAUGUGGUUAGUGUUUUUGGGACAUGCCCCCAACUUUUCUCCAAGGAAGUCAGAAGGUCAUGGGUUCUAAUCCCCGAUCUGCCACAUGUCUGCUGA